AUGGGCCAGGUCAUCACAAAAAUCAGAGAGGUUGCCGCAAGAUCCAUCACUUGGAUCAACCAGCAUCCGUACAGAACCGCCAUCUACGUCAUCAACACAGCAAUUCUUGUUGUGCCCACUACGAUUCUCAAUCCGCUCCUUGGAGUGCUGGGAUUCACAAGCUUGGGUCCAGCCGCUGGUUCCAUUGCCGCGACUCUGCAUUCGGCUCUUUCCCCCUUGACAGCUGGUGGUGGGUUUUCCAUCCUCCAGAGCGCUGCCAUGGGUGGCUACGGGAUUGGUGUUGCAACUGGUGUCGUGCGGGUCGGCGCUGCGGCCAUGAUUGGUGAUGUGGCACGGAGGCGCUCAUGA